AUGAGCUCUCGUUCAGCUCUCUGGUUAUUGCUUCUUUGGGGUAAGUUGAAAGCAUUGCACGUGACUUGAUGUUAUUUUGUGUUUGCCAAUUUUUCUGGGCUAAGACUAAACUGGAUUAAAGUAAGUGUUCCCCUCGUGUCGACGAAGUUAAGGCGUGAUCCCUAUUUGGUAUUUCCGAUUAGCUUCAGUCUUUUAAACAAACAAUGGAAAAUAGAUAUUGAAUAAAUGGAAAUAUAUGUUCACUUAAAGGCUGUUAAGGCCGGAUGCAUUAUGUCAUUUAACGACACAGAUUAGGACUGUCUAAAUCUUAUCCUUUAGUGAGUCCUUUAUUUUAUUAAAAAUAUUGUCUUAUCAUAUUCAAAAUACUACCUUGACUUCUUAUCUCCAGAGGACAUUGCAUUGACUGCACAGUGGAAACAAUUUCUAUCAAUUGCCAAUCUUCCAACGUCUGUUAGAGGCAUGUCGAAAACAUCCCUAAGUCCCUUUCUUACUGCCUUCUCGGUCUUGCUCUUUCUCUUUUCCCUACUGUGCUUCAAUAAAAGGAAAACUGAACAGGUGCCCCUCUGGUCCCUUUAGACUGCAUAAGCGCUAAACGGAAAUGUGCAGCGCCUAAGGGUAUGGUCUUUUUACUGCAUUUUGGGCCUGAAACAGGUAUAUUUCUUCGCCACCCUUCCUCUCGCCCCCUAAAUUUCCCAGUGAUACUCUCUCAGUACAGCUUCAGUUAUGCCUGCAUAUCGGAUUUGGCCAAGCUACUUAAAUGCAAAUUAAUGAAACAACAUAAUCAUUUGACCGUUGACAACGUAAUCAUGGGUUAAACUAGUACUCCAAUUUCACACCCGAACGAGAAACUAUUAUCGGGAAAUUCGUGUUGUGGGUAACCAAAAGCUAAUUUUAGCCAACCAACUCAUUUUGUUUCGAUACAUUGCCGGAGUCACGAUGGGAUAUAUUUUGUUAUAUCGAAAGGAAAAAAACCCCUUUAGUGAUAUUGCAUCCGCCAUCAGCCACCCUCAGAUGAGCACUUGAAAAUAUAAGGGGAGAGUAUAAGUCUUCCCUUUCAUUUAAGCCGGAAACUAUAAAUAUCCGUUGAAAUUCUUUGAACGAAAGGAACAAAAAUGGAAAGUGAACCAGAAGAUCUUUUGCCUCUGGCAAAGGUCACGCAAACGGAUAUGAAAGUGCUUUAAUUCGCUUUAAUAAGGCUGAUCUUUGCUUCGUUAGCACAAUAUUUUCAAGAUCUUAUGGACAGAGUUUUUAAGUUAUUCAGUUUAAAAGUCUGUCUCUCUGUGAAUUUACAAAAAAAAGGAUUAUAGGGAAAUGGCUUGAUCGAUCUAGGAAGGCUUGACAGUGGGCUUCGUGAAUCCGAUCUUGGAGGGCCAUCAGUGUCCAAGUGAAAGCGAUAACUAUUAAUAGCAAAAGUGAACGCAAAGCUGGCAAUACGGCAAAGGGCUGAUUCAUUAAAGGCUUAUAUUUCGGCUAACACAUUUAGCCUUCCUCAGGGCCAGAGCACACUGAAAAAGAAUAUUACAAUGGCUCCUAAAAUUUGAAAGGCUGAUGAUAUAUUAAAAAUGAUAUACUAGAAAUGAGAACAAUAAAUAGCAUGAUAGAUGAGUAAAUAAUUAUACAAUAAAACGAUCGAUACGGUUCAAGCGACGUCUGGCAUUACCAUCUCUACAUAAGAGAUCCGACAAAAAAAGAACCAGUCUGCUUUUUUUACGCGUUAAGUGGACCUCUGCGUUCAAGAGCUUUUAUCAACAGAAGCUCUUUGCGUGACUAGUCUGAUUAGUUUAAAAGUUUUGUAUAUGAGAAAAAACGUGUCGCUGGCACUCUAACUUGCCGAGAAUAGGUUGUGUUACAGGACUACUGAAUACUAAUUACCUCGGGUCACUUCCAGUACCUAGUGCCGGUCUAAAACAGCAUGGACGAAGUAACUAGUUAUUUCAGUUAAGGACGCUCUGAAGCAGAGGGUUGUUUGUUUAAAGUGAUUUAUACUGAAAGCUGUCCAAAUAAUAAGCUGAUAACUGUCGGAGACUCGCGAAGGCAGACUAAAGCCGCUGACAGUUCACAUGGUAUUAAAGAAAGUUAGUAUACCAACUUGUUUCAAAUUAGCUUUUUUUUUCAUAUAAAAUAAUCAAAUUUAGCAAAUUCAGCACGAAACAGGUUUGUAACGUGAAAAGGAAGCAAUUCAAAUGUUUAGUUAUGUUAAUAUGAUAUGUCCAUUUUAAAAAGUAUAUGACAUAUAUUGGUUUGCCUGUGAAAGUGAAAGUGUCACAGAGUUUCGUUUAAUUGCUAUUUUAUGCUCUCCCAACAGGAAAUUUGCUUCACUACACAUCAGGUAGGAAUGAUGUUUUACAUGUUUCGAGCGCCGACUACAUGAAUUCUCCACUGAAAAGGCACUUCCUGUCAGUAUCGUUUUCCCCGAGAAAUUCUCUGGCGGAUUUCCGGCAAGGGUAAUGGUCAUCGCCAGAUGAUAGCGAACUCGAAGAGACCUCGACAUAAUUUCUAUCGAUGUACUAUUAUAAUACAGGAAACAAAGAAAAACAACAAUUAACUCACUAUGAUAAACUAUCGAGUAAAACAAGUUUUGACAAACGAUACCACAUGGUGGGCAGUCUUGCAAGAAGGAGAAAAGCGUGGUUUCAUUUACACAGAAACAGAAUGUUAUUUGCAGCCAAACACAGUUAAGUGACAUUGCGCAUGAGCAAACCAUUAUUUGCAGACAAAUAUUUUCAGGUCACGGGGUGGGAUCUUAGCCAAUAAAAGGAAAACAAAUUUGCCCCAUCGACUGAUAACUAACUUUAUUUAUUGUAUACAUACUAAGACAUGCUUACUGAAAAGCUGUCGUAAAUUUUCAUGCCCAAAUAAGUUGGCAUAAAUACAGUUACGCGCGCGCUUUCCAUGACGUUUUCUACAUAUGGCCAUAUCCACAAUUUCUUAUUACUAUUAUCUUAAUUUCUCUUUUCUUCAGUUAAGAGUCAGUUUCGACUAUUCUUACAGAAUAAUCAAAUUUCUCAAUCAAGAUAAAAUCCUAUAAUAAAUUUUUCAAAGAUCCUUUAAGGAAGUCUCACCAGCUUGUAAUCACAUAUUUUUCAGGUUCUGUCAUUAAACGGCAAGAACGUUCCAUCAGAGAUGAAGGUAAUGUCCAGACACUGGACUGUGCUGCAAUCGAAAAGGACCGAAGCAAAUUCAAGGAAUUGUUUUGGAAAGUGGAAGGAUCGGAAGAUGCUAUCGGUUACUGUAACCGUAAUAAAUGUGGGACACCAAAAAGUUUUCUGGAAGACAAGAGGAUUCAUGUGUUGGGCAUUUCCCUGGAGGGCACCUUGAGCAUAAAACGGACCUUGCCACAGAAAAUACCGGGUCAAACUGUGACCUUUGUUUGUGAAGUGCACACAACUGACUACAAAGUCCGUACAUCUGAAGCCAAGAUCAUUUACUCUUUAGAGUGUAAGUAAGACUAUACACAGAAUUAUAAUGAUAAUUGAUCAUGGAAGUCAUUAGCAUUGAACAUUUGGCUAUACCUAGUGCAGGUUUUUUUCGUUUGGUUAACUAAUUCUGUCGUUCGGAGAAAGGUAUAUUUUUAUACGGUUAAGUUGUAUUGUAUUUACAGGUUUUCCCCAACCUAAUUAUAUCCUUUUCUUAAGCUUCGGCCUUGGGUUUAUUCUCAAAAUAUUUUUUAGUUUAAAUAUUCUUAAAACCUCGAUUCUUAUAAAAUACCGUAGACUGCUGCUGGGCUUAACAAAGCCAAACAGUGUUACGAGCGAGGGUAUGAUUGUACCUCUUUUAUGAGAAUUAUAAUAUGCAGUGGCUCUUUAAUAAAAAAAAGACCCUGAUAGAAGAAAUUUUACAUGUAAAUAAAAACUGAUACUUCGUUACAAAUAUAAUCCGAAAUAAGAGCAAUCAACAGCGCCUUUUUCUGGUAAUAAGACUGACAUGCCUUCUUCACUCUGUCCUGUAUAGAGAUAGAAGUAAUAUACUGAAUCUAUGAUUGUAAAUUUUAGGCCCACAAGCAACUCCGUCUCCUAAGGUAAGUAGUUUUAACAUUUUUCCUUUUUUCACCUCCAUGAGUCCCCAGGAUCCAAUGAUCUGUCUGUCAGGAUAGUCGGCACCUGCCUCUGUCCGUUUUUAAUGCUUUUUUUUUCACAAAAUUAAACAAACCCCUUCGAUACUAGGUCAACGGCAGCGACCCCGAGGUAAAAACCAAAUCAGGUACAAUUGUUGGCAAGCUUGAGACGCUACCAAAUGGCAAAUUAGUGUAUGAAUAUCUCGGUAUCCCGUACGCUAAACCACCGGUCAACGAAUUGAGGUUUGCUCGUCCAGAAUCCUUUAAACCUUGGUCAGGAAAAAGGGCAGCGAAGGAGUUUGGAUCGGCGUGUCCACAACCGCGCUUUGAUAUACCUAACUUUAAGAGGGAAAUAGGAAAAGGUAAGAGGCGUAUAACAGUAUUAUUGGAUGCGUCGAGCCAGCUUUUGAAAGCUCUCAUGGACGAUCUUUAUCUUUAAUCUUUAUCGGUUAGCUGCGAAUAGCAUAGGCUAAUCGUGGCAAUGGUGGGUGAUGACAGAUAGGUUUUGGCUCGGGCAAAGAGGGAGCGUUAACAGCAGUAGACGGAAGACGGUUCCGCAUAAGUAUCGGGCGAAAAAAGAGUACUUAUAGACAUCAACAAAAGUGAGUAAAAGGUUGUAUGUCAGACUAUGGCACAUUCAAAGAUUCAAAGCUUAAUCCGUCAAUUCAACGAACGCUACGCACGGAAAGAGUAUCUGCGAGUCAGGACUUAAAACAUUUAAGAUAUACCUUCACUUGACUCCACACUACGUCAUAUUGGUUCCUUUCAUUUCACGUUGCAAAAAACUUGACCCAUGUUUAGAACAAAAAAAUUUCUAAAAUACAUACCCUGUUUGAAACGCUACCCUCAAUUUGAUUAUCCUGUUUAGGACAAAGAGGAAAAAUGCUCGCCGUCUUAUUUUAAAGCCAUUUAUUGGUAACUUCACGUUAUAGGCUUUUGUAUAUUUGGAGUAGAAACAAAAUGUAUCUUGGAAAUCAAAUCAAUCGAGACAGACAGACUCACAUAGCAUCAUAAACCCUGUUUAGGACAGAGUUCAAUAACCACACCCUAUGCCCUGCGGCAUAUCUUCGUAUAGGCCAUAGGUAUGUUGCGCACUUCCUGAUUGAACCAUCAUCAUCUUCGUCGUCAUCAUCAUAAUCAUCAUCACCAGCUAGAAAAAGACGCGAGAUAUUUACGGUCUUCUCAAAAAGAGAAGGUAACCCCCUUACAGCAACAUUCCCGUUGUCUUAUUUUACUGAUAUGGAUCUUUUCGUUUUUGUUUUGUUUUGUUUUGUUUUUUUUUUUUGUUUUUUUGGGGUUUUUUUUUCAGAAAAUGAGGAUUGUCUUUUCUUGAAUGUGUUUGUGCCAGCAACUAGUAGCACAGAAGGCAAGAUGACAGUGAUGGUGUGGAUUCAUGGCACUGGUUUGGCCAGUUUCAGUUCCUCCCCUGAAUUCCGUGGCUUUUCCAUUGGUUCCUCUACUGAAUAUCCAGCUCACGUUUUAGCAGGCUACAAUAAUGUCAUUGUUGUGACAUUCAAUUACAGGCUAGGAAUUCUGGGAUUCUUAAGCAGUGUUCCUGGGACGGAGAAAACGGGAAAUUACGGAAUGUUUGAUCAGGUAACAAGCUUCGGUGAAGAAAUGUUUAAUUAAAUCGACUCAAGAGAGAGUAAAAUAAGAGCAAAUCUAUCACCCCUGGGAGGGACGCAAGCACGUGUUCUCGGAGCGGGCGAGCCCCGAAAUUCGCAACGGUUGUAACAAUAUCUUGUCCCCUCCCACUUGUUCUUUUGUUCUGUUGAUCGGCACACCCCAUUCUCCCCAAUGUUCCUCUUUCCGAGUACCCGAACUCCAGGGGUGGAUCUAGGGGGAGGGUGCAGGGUAUGCGCACUCCUCCUCCCCUGAGAGUGCUCCUGACGACUGGUAUCGUUCAAAAUAUGGAGAUAUGUAUUAUCAGCAGUUCACGUUAUGUUAGUGCUUAGUCAAUUCGUAUUCGCUUUAAGAUUUGUUUACAUCACCAGUCAGUUACGCCAUUUCUUAGAGGUGCAAGUUCUCCAGAGAAAAAUGCUUGAUCCGCCCCUGAACUCUCACUUUCAAAAGGAGGCCAUGUGCAAACCUUUUGGACCUUGCGAGAGGGCGCUUAUUCGAGGCUGAGCGCUUUUUAAAUUUUCACCAUUUUCAGCAAUAGUAGUAUGUUAAUUUGGAAACAAAACGGAAAGAUGUAACAAAGCAAGGUUUCUGUAAAAUACUCUGAAGAAAGCUCCAUCUUCGGGAAAGUCACUUGUAGUAAUAACUCAAUUUUUUGCGGGGGUGGUAGAGGGUGGUAUUUGAGUUUGAGCGGGAGGGGGGCGGAAUGGGGUGGGCGCUUAUUCGAGGUUGGGCGCUUAUUCGAAUAAAUACGGUAUUUUUCUCUACAGAUUCAAGUACUGACGUGGGUCCAUGAAAAUAUUGCCUCCUUUGGUGGUGAUCCCGACAAAGUGACUGUGUUUGGUCAGGGUACAGGGGCAACGAGCGUCGCUUUACAUCUAAUGUCGCCUAAAUCAAAAAAUCUGUUCCAAAGGGCCAUCAUGCAAAGCGGUGCAGCGUCAGCUCCCUACCUACCAAGAAAGGCAGCCAACGAGUCAGUACAAAAGCUAGCUGCUGAUGCAAACUGCUCUUUUAACGACAAGCUCUUCGACUGUCUUCGUGGUAAAAGUGCUGAGGACAUCAUUCAGUUGCAAUCUUCGAUCUCCUCCAAAAACGCCAAAGCUCUGAUGGAACUCAGCAACCCAGUGAUUGAUGAUGAUUUUCUAGAAGAAUCUACUCAGGAGCUGUAUGAAUAUCACAAGAAAGGGAAAAAACCGCCUGAUUCUCUUUUGAAAAAACUGUUUCCAAAUGUUAAAAUCAUGACUGGGUUUACAACCAACGAGUCAUCUCUAGAUGUCAUUCAAAGGCCAGAAGAUGCGAGAAGCAGCAUUGCAAAAACCCUCAAAUACGGAAACAUAGACAACAAAAUUGUGGACGAGCUGGUUAAGUACCAGUACGCAGAUCACUCUGACACAAAAGCGAGAAACAGGAUGAUUGAAAGUGACUUUAUGACUGUGGCACCAAUGACUUUUGAGGCAAUCGCUUUAGCUGAGGUAUUCUCAGUAGCCAUAUUCAAUACGUUGACUCAUAAGCCCCACAAAUGUCUAUCUCAUAAUGCAGGUAUCAAUGUUUGUACAUAAGAGGGAUAUUCGGGCAUAGGUGCGGCAUUUGAACACUUCCCCUUUCCCCCCUCUGGGUAUUUUCACCGCAAAUUUUGAACCAAACUGCAGUUUUGUUAUUUCCAGAAAGGGAUAUUUUAUCAAAUUUGAAUUAUUUUCCUGUCCAAAAACUUCUCAAAAAUAAAAUUCAAAUCCCGCCCGACCCUCCCCCAGGUCCAAACAUUCAAUUUGAUAGCUGGAUAAAUUAGUCGCUAGUGCAGUCAAAUUGGUUGAGAACCUUGUAUCGACGAGUAGGAAUCAUUUUGCUCACGCCAUCGAUAUAACUUGGUUUUUUGGACGAAACAGAUCAAUUCAUCCUUCAACCCAUUUCCAUUUCAUAUCCCAAAAUAGUUUUUUCCUUAUUCUUUCAUGAGGCAUUGGUUUCACGUGAAACUCGUCGAAGACGCCGUAACUCUAUACUUUCAGUACGGCGAAAUAUUUUCUUUUGCAAGAUUCCAUGUUGAAAGCAAACUGAUGAAAUUUAUCGCCGGCUAACGUACAUGAAAGUUAGACGUUUUAACUAAAAGAUGAUCGGAAGGCCGGAAGGGGAAAUGACCCACUUCCAUUUUCACUAUAACGACAUUUGACUUUAGCCACUAGAACUCUUUCGUUUUAGCUUUUACUCCAGCUAAGUUUAAAACCCUAAGAAGAAAACAACAAACGAAAGGAUUCUGGAACUUACAGUAAAUGAACAUCAUCGUGCAAAUGUCACAUUAACCGUGGUCCGAUUUCUCCCCAUUCUCUUGGUCCAUACAAAUUCCUGUACUUUGACCAGUCAAAAAUACCGAAGGGGCACCAACUGACUCUAUUAAUGGUCUAACUACUCUUUCUUCUCCAGGCUAAAAAGUCUGUUUAUUUCUACGUGUUUGAGCAUCGUCCUGAUUUUUCCAAACUUCCCGAGUUGACAGGUGCAUUUCACGGUGAUGACAUUGGCUUUGUAUUUGGAGCACCUUUCGCGAAAAUUUCACCUCUGGUAGACUCUUUCACUCCCAGAUAUUCUGAUAUUGAGACGGGACUCAGCAGGUACAUCAUGAAGCUGUGGACAGACUUUGCUAAGUUCGGGUAAGAAGAUCACGCAGGCGUUUUGUCCUAACACUUUUCAGGCUUCAAAGGCGUCCCUAACCACGUUAACGUUUUUGUUGUCAGUUUGUUUGUUUGUUUGUUUCUUUGUUACAAUCAGUUAAGACAUUAUGUGUAGUGCAGUAACCGUUGAGACAAUGAACAAAAUCCCAUAGUGCAUGUGUCAAUGGAAUGAAACUUAUUUCCUUUUACACGAUCUCCGUUGACAGCACCAGCAGUUGUUUAUUUAAAGGUUGCAAACUAAGUUGGAUACUCUUUUUCGGAGAAAGAUUCACCUUUUCGGUACUCUGUAUUUCUCAUAAGGUAUUCUAUAAUCAUUGCAAUGCGGUUACACAUUUCACUUCCAAUUUGGAGCUAUCAUUUCCAGACGUGACAGUCUGUUCCGAGCGUUCAGAUAGUGAAGUUUAGCACCAAGUCACCCUACCCCCUCGCCGUUUUUGCUACUCACAUCUGUUUGCGCCAUCCCACCACCUGCAGGCCUUGAACAGGCCACGGACAUGGGAGACGACAACCUCUCUUGCCUGGCAAGAUGCGCGUAAAGGCAAAGGAAAACCCAAAAGUCUCCUUGGCAAGCCCUAUAUGUAAAGGGGUAAAUGUUCUUUUGUUGAAAUGAUUACGUUACUUCUUAAAUGCAGAUUUGUGUAAUCUGGGCAUGAUCAUAAAUUAAGGUUAUUAUAAUAUCGUCAUUAACUGAUUUUGCCUCGUUUUCAGGAAUCCUACUGGCCCCGAUUCUCCUGUCAGGUGGCCGAAGUUCACCAAAGAAAACCAGUGCUACCUGGCCCUUGACGUGAAGCCCGAGGAAAAUAAUAAGUAUAGAGCAAAAGAAGUGGCAUUUUGGAACAACUACAUUCCAAGGAUUAUAAGAAAAUCGAAAAAGCAUUGCUCGGCAUUUUAA